UGAGGAAAUCUAAGAAAAUUUUGAAGCAAGUUUCUACUUGACUGACUUUAACGAAUAUAUCAGUAGCCCAAGAAAGAAAAAAUGUUUGUAUAAUAACUUAAAAGUGCAGGAAAAUCUUAACAAUAUUAAAAUCCUAUCAGCUUUUAAGAUGACAGCAGUUUAAAAUAAAAUUACUCAAUAAAAACUAAAAAGCUUUAAGCCAUAAGUCCACUUUCAGUUCCGCAAAAGUAAAUUAAAAAUGACUGGAGGCUUAACCGAUUCACAGAAGUUUAAACAUUUCAUUGCCAAUACGCCACGACGAACAGAGGCCUCUCAACGGAUUAAGAAUAUAUAUAUUUCUGUCUAUAUGCCCCGCUGAGCUUUAUUCCGUUUUUCUUUUCUCCCUGUCUGCUCCGGAAUCUGUUGAAGUAUUAAAUAUAAACUAUUUAAAUAAUUCAGCGACAGCAUUCUGGCCGAGGCUUUCGGAUUUAAUCUGCCCCCUGGAGGCGGAAUUGUUUUAAGAGAACGCAGCACAACGAUAAUGAGCGAACAACGUCGCAAAUUGGUUAAGCAGAUCAUCAAGUCGGCCAAUGUGGUUCUGGUGGGUUUGUUGUGCUACAACUUGUGGCGUCACAAAUGGACCAAAGUGAAUUUCAAUCAGCAUCGGUUUUGAUUGAUUUUCGCUAUUCCCCAAGCUCUGGCUAUGCGUGUGUGUGUGUGUGCUUGCUUACUGAUUGAUUGAUUGAUUGAUUAAUUAAUUAAUAAAACGAAUAUCAGCUUAAAUGUCAUUAACAGUUGGCCGAGAAUAACGACUCCUGAAUGUGGCCAAUGGGAUUUGCAAAUUUAAUUUCCUCUACCAGUGAGUCUGUCAAAUGGCGAGAAAAGCUUGGGGGGGGGGGUGAUAGAUGGAUUUUUUUGGGGUUUGGAAGGGACUACGGUGGGGAAUCGAUAUCCGAGAGAUUGUUGUGAUUGGGAUUAAGCUUUUAAUGUUAUUAUUUGUAAAUAUUAAAAAGUUUUACGGGAUAGAAAUAAAUAAAGGCAGUACUUUAACAAGAACAUAAAAUUGGUAGUAAUUAAAUUAUUAAACAAACGAAAAAAAGACCUUUCAGCAACUCAACUCAAUUGUUUAACGAAAGGCUGACAAUAUUUAUCCA